AUGGCGGCACUGCGGGCCCCGGCGCUGCUGCGGGCCCCGGUGCCACCGCGGGCCCCGGUGCUGCUGCUGGCGCUGGUGGCCGCCGCCGCCCGCGUCCCCGAGCGCUGCGAGGUGCCCCCGGGCGACCGCUUCGACUGCGGCGCCGAGCGGCCGCUGGCGCGGGCCGGCUGCGAGGCGCGCGGCUGCUGCUACAUGCCCGGCGGCCCGCGCGGUGCCGGCCCGCCCUGGUGCUUCUUCCCCCGCGGCUACCGCAGCUACCGCGCCGAGAACCUCACGGCCACGGACGCAGGCUACACGGCCCUGCUGCGCCGCUGCGCCGCCGGCUUCCUGCCCGGGGACGUGGGCACCCUGCGGCUCGACGUGGCGCUUGAGACCCGCGCCCGCCUGCGCUUCACGCUCCGCGACCCAGCCAGCCGGCGCUACGAGGUGCCGCUGGAGACGCCGCGCGCGGGCGCCCGGGCCCCCGGCGCGCUCUACGGGCUGCAGUUCAGCCAGGAUCCCUUCGGCAUCGUCGUCUACCGGGAGGCCACGGGGACGGUGCUGUUGAACACCUCCGUGGCACCCCUGCUCUUCGCAGACCAGUUCCUGCAGAUCUCCACCUCUUUGCCGUCUCGUUUCAUUGCUGGCCUGGGAGAACAUCUGACUUCCCUCAUGCUUGACACGUCGUGGACCAAAAUCACCCUGUGGAAUCGGGACAUGGCACCCACGCCCCAGGUCAACCUCUACGGCUCCCACCCCUUCUACCUGGCGAUGGAGGAGGGCGGCCUGGCCCACGGGGUCUUUCUGCUGAACAGCAAUGCCAUGGACGUGGUGCUGCAGCCCAGUCCAGCCCUGACCUGGCGAACCACGGGUGGGAUUCUGGAUUUCUACGUCUUCCUGGGCCCGGACCCCAAGAGCGUUGUGCGGCAGUACCUGGACGUUGUCGGGUACCCCUUCAUGCCCCCGUACUGGGGCCUGGGAUUCCACCUCUGCCGCUGGGGCUACUCCUCCACUGCCGUGACCCGCGAGGUUGUGCUCAACAUGACGGCAGCCCGCUUCCCCUUGGACGUGCAGUGGAACGACUUGGAUUACAUGGAUGCCAAGAGAGACUUCACCUUCAACAAGAAAACCUUCAAGGACUAUCCAGACAUGGUGCGGGACUUUCACCAGAGCGGCCUGAGGUACAUCAUGAUUGUGGAUCCAGGGAUCAGCAGCUCUGGGCCUCCUGGCACCUACAAACCCUAUGAUGAUGGGCUGAAGCGGGGCAUAUUCAUCCGGAAUGCCACUGGGCAGCCCCUCAUCGGGAAGGUGUGGCCGGGCCCAACAGCCUUCCCGGACUUUACCAACCCAGAGACACACGAGUGGUGGUACGACAUGCUGAAGGAGUUCCAUGACCAAGUGCCUUUUGAUGGCAUGUGGAUUGACAUGAAUGAGCCAUCAAACUUCGUGGAGGGCUCGCAGGAGGGCUGCCCGAGCAACAACCUGGAGAACCCACCCUAUGUUCCAGGUGUGUUUGGGGGACGCCUUCAAGCUGGAACCAUUUGUGCCUCUAGCCAGCAGUACCUGUCCUCUCAUUACAACCUCCACAGUCUGUAUGGGCUGACAGAGGCCAUCGCUUCCCACAAUGCCCUGGUGAGGAUCCGGGGGAAGCGCCCCUUCGUCAUCUCACGCUCCACGUUCGCCGGCCACGGCCGCUAUGCUGGCCACUGGACAGGGGAUGUCAGGAGCGACUGGGAGCAGCUCUACUACUCCGUGCCAGAGGUGCUGCUCUUCAAUCUCUUCGGGGUGCCCCUGGUCGGGGCGGACAUCUGUGGCUUUGCGAGCGACACGACAGAGGAGCUGUGCGUGCGCUGGACCCAGCUGGGCGCCUUCUACCCCUUCAUGAGGAACCACAACGACCACGGCAACCGGCCUCAGGAGCCGUUCGCGUUCAGCCCGGCCGCCCAGGACGCCAUGCGGAGGGCCCUCUCCCUCCGCUACUCCCUGCUCCCCUACCUCUACACGCUCUUCCACAAAGCGCAUUCCGCCGGCGAGACGGUGGCGCGGCCCCUCUUCCUCGAGUUCCCAGGGGACCCCAACACCUGGGCUGUGGACCGCCAGCUGCUGUGGGGCGCGGGGCUCCUCGUCACCCCGGUGCUCGAGGCAGGAAGGACCAAAGUCAGCGGCUACUUCCCGGCAGGAACGUGGUACAGCUUAGCGGGGGACUCAACCAUCCACAGCAAAGGCCAGUGGAUCCUCUUAUCAGCUCCCCUGGACACAAUUAACGUGCAUGUCCGGGCAGGACACAUCCUGCCUCUGCAGGAGCCUGCGUUCAGAACCGCCGAGUCCCGCAAGAAGGGCAUCACGUUGAUCGUGGCGCUGACCACGGAGGGCUUUGCCAGGGGGGACCUGUUCUGGGACGACGGGGAGAGCUUGCAGACCUUCGAGAGCGGGGACUACACUCAGCUGCUCUUCGUGGCCACGCACGGCGCCCUGCUCAGCGAGCUGCUGCGGACGAGCAGCCAGGCGGACGGGCUGCUGCUGAAGGCCGUGACCGUGCUGGGCGUCACCAGUGCCCCCCGGCGAGUCCUGGCCAACGGCGCCCUCGUGGGUGACUUCUCCUACCGCAGCGACACCCAGGUGCUGACGGUCCCCGUGUCGCUGCCCAUGUGGGAGCAGUUUGUGAUCACUUGGUCCUGAGACUGGCAGCCCUGCAGCGCGGCUCCGUGCGUGCCAUGGCAGCACGGGGGAGCCUCGACGCUCAAUCCAGCCUCUUCUUUCUCAAAGCAGGGCUGGACGCCCUCCGCCCACAAAGCCUGGCUCUCGUCCUCGAGUCUGGCUGUGUUUCUUGCUAAUAUGAGUUAGAUUUGAAGCGCCUCGUCUCUUCACCUGAUGUGCAUCAGGGCUUGCAGAACCCCAGGGGCUGGGGAAACCUGAUUCCUUCCAAAGGGGAAGGAAACAAGUGCCUGCUGAGACAAGAAACCUGUUGAUGUGCCUAAGUCAUUAACCUGGCAAGGGACUCCAGGGCAUCUCCCGGCAGUGUCUUGGAUAGGGGUGAGAGGCUGGGCCCCUUGUGCAGUCUGGUCUUGCACGGUUAGUGCCUGACCGAGACCGGAGCAGCCGGGAAGAGUUGGGAGCUGCCGGGACCAGCAUGGGCUGGGGCUCCCUGCAGCGUUUCCCUUGCC